GUGAAAUAUGAAGCCAUCAGCACUAAUAUUUUCACAGAUAUACCUACAUAGAAAGUAAAAGUAAGCCGUGGUACAUGACUAUAAACUUUUGAUUUGUUAAAUAGUCAUGUUUUAAAAUUUCAGAGAAAUCCAACCAAUCAAUCAAUCAAUUAACAUCAACAAAUCUAAGAACAGAGUAUCUGUGUUAAUGAAUCAACUUGAAGUCAUUUAAACAUGUUCAUCCUAUUGCAGAUUUUUAUAUUUGAUUUAAUCACAUUGAAGGCAAGUUUAGAAACUGCCUAUGUGAAUAGAAGUCAAAGGGAUGUGUUUAAUGGAUUUGGCACAUGUGACUAUAAGACAAACACUGUACAUGGAAAAAAUUGUAUAUGUGGUGAAGGCACACCAACGUUUUACAUGGACGAAACACUCAAAACACGAACAUGUUAUAGUGCUAUAACAGGUAUAGCAUACAUAUUUAGGUGUCAAACAGGAAGUUGCAAGUCAGGUGAUCUUACCUGCAAAAUCAAUAGAGUAAUGGGUGUAGAAGUAUGGAACUACAAAAAUGGCCAAGCAUAUUGGGAUGCAACAAACUUCGCUCAUUAUUUUACAAUUCAGCAAACAACAUUCGAAGUGAUUACAAAUCAAGGUGAAUGGCAGGGUCUCUUAUUGAGGGUUAAAAUUGACUGUGACCAUGAAGCUACGAAAACAGUCCUAUUAAAAAUUGAAGGAAUGAGAAAAUAUCCAUUAGAAGAAAACAUUCUAAAAUUGCCAACAAAAAAGCCAACAACACCAACACUAACACCAACUACAAAAACAUCAACAACCGAAAUAACGACAAAAACAACAACUACAAGCACUACAACAAAAUCAUCAAAAACAUCAAAACAAGCAACAAAGAGCAUACCUGUGACAAAAAUUAAAACUCCAGGUAUAACAACAACUCCUCCAAAUACUACCAUCUAUUCUGCAGAAAAAAAUGUACAAUCAACUUCAAAAACUCCUAUUAUAAUCGGAACAGUACUGUCAGUCAUCUUACUGGUAAUUCUAGUUACAGUUGCAUAUUUAAUACGAAGAAGAGCAUCAAAUCAAAAUCAAACUUCAAAGACAACACAGGUCAAGCAGGUGGAACAACCAAUGUAUGCUCAAUAUGUUUCUACACAAUCUCAGCCAUCUGCACUUGAAGAAAAUCAACAACUUGAUCCGAGAUAUGAAACGCUUGUACCAGAAAACCAAUCAGAUUACACAUACACAUAUUCUCACAUGCAUACAAAUCAAAAAAAUCAAACAACAAAUACUUCAGAAGAUGAUUAUUAUAGUGUUGCUGCUUCGGCACUUCCAAAGGAAACAAGGCCAGAAGAACUCCCUGAGUAUGCACAAUUGAAAAAAUAGUUCGCCUUACCUC